AUGCCGGCAUACCACUCCAUCUUCCUCGAGGAUCGGGACAUCCCCGUAAUAGGAAACUUCCCGGUCCUCCCCCUCCGCACUCGCACACGCGGCCCCGCAUACACCCUCCCCCCGCUACCCCCCAACACCCUCGACAUCGAUGUGUCUCCGGAGAGCGAGUCGUACGACUGCGUGGACGAGAUCCUGUCCCUUUUCCGGGCCAAUGUCCUGUUCCGCAACUUCGAGAUCAACGGCCCUGCCGACCGCAUGCUUAUCUACGGAACCCUGUUUAUCAGUGAAUGCUUGACCAAGGUCCGGCCGAGCAUGUCGGCCCUCGAGGCCGGAAAGGCCCUGAACAACGUCGCGCUCGACCAAUUUGCUAUCCCCGGCGAUGCGUCCUUCCCGCUGAACCAGGCUUUCGAGCCCCCCCGGGACCGUCAGGACGCGGAGACGCUGCGAGCAUACCUUUCGCAGGUGCGACAGGAGAUCGCCGUCCGGCUACAUGCGAGAUUAUACCCUGGUGGUGAAGGCCCUUCGAAGUGGUGGUUGAGCUUUGCGAAGAGAAAGUUCAUGGGCAAGAGCCUCUAG